AUGAACAGCCGCCUCGACAAGAACUCCUCGCAAGUGAGGAAGCGGAUUGAAAACCAUGAUUUCGUAGAUGAGACUGGCGAAGAAUAUGAGCAGAGCGCUUUUGGGGGUUUUGGCGACUAUUUCAGGCGCAAGAAGAUCAAGCUGCAGAACCUGGAUGCUGAGAUGCGAGCUGCUUCGCCCGACAAGCCUCAAAUCUUCAAGGGUGUUGUUGCGCACGUUAUGGGCUAUACGCAACCUCCGCUUCAUAUAUUGCACCGCAUGCUGGUUCAACAUGGCGCAGGAUUCCUGCAGUACCUGGACUCAAAAACCAUGGCGACGCACAUUAUCGCGUCUUCUGUUCCGCCCAAGAAAUCUGUCGAUUAUAGCAGAUACAGGCUCGUGAAGCCGGCAUGGGUCACCGAUUCGAUCGAGGCCGGGAGACUGUUGCCUUGGUCGGACUAUCGGGUGAACAAUAAUGACGGGCCACGUCAGAAGGUCUUCAAGCUUGAUGACUCAAAAACAGUUAGCCAAACAACGCCGCAAGCCAAAAGGGGUUAUAGGGAGCAGACGGACGCCAGCUUUUACACAAGCCAGUUCAAGACACCCGCCGGAAGUCCUGCGACACCGUCGUUGACUCGGUUUGCAGAGCGCACUGAAUCUCCCCUUGCUCAGCCCCAAGCGCGACACUCAUACAGUCCAUCGUUUUCACAUUCUACGAAACCGCUGCCACUCAAGGAAAAAGACGACGUCGAAGAGUUUGACGAUAUGGGAAUUGACGAGGUGAUGGUCGACAUUCUCCCCGAGGAAGACAAAGAUUCCAAAAUCGAGGAACUCGAGGCAAAGAUCGCUCCGCCUGUUUUCGAGAAGGAGCCAAAGCAAGAAGCCAAGUCGCCGGAAAAGAUGACCUCCGAGGAGCACAAUGCCGUCCUUCUAUCUGACCCCAAGAUAUGGAAGUCAUCAACAGCGAACCCUGAUUUCUUGAAGCAGUUCUAUUCCGAAAGCCGCCUACACCAUCUUUCUACGUGGAAAGCCGAGCUGAAAUCGAGGAUGCAAACUCUUGCCAAGGAGAAAGGGGCAUCCCCCAAGGCCAUCAAGAGGAAACCAGGGUCGCGGCGGUACAUCAUCCACGUCGACUUUGACAGCUUCUUCUGUGCAGUAUCCCUCAAGAAGAACCCUCAAUACGUGAACAAGCCAGCCGUGGUCGCUCACAGCAGCGGAACCGCCUCCGAGAUCGCAAGCUGCAACUAUGUUGCGCGCAAGUUCGGCAUCAAGAACGGCAUGUGGAUGAAGCGGGCGCUGGAGCUGUGCCCUGACAUCAAAGUCUUGCCUUAUGAUUUCCCUGCCUACGAAGAAGCCAGUCGAUUGUUCUACGAGUCGAUUCUCGAGCUUGGAGGGGUCGUUCAGAGCGUCAGCAUUGACGAGGCGCUUGUCGACAUAACCUCGAUCAUUAUGUCCACUGCGGGCUUCAGCGGCACUGGACUGGACGAAGGCAGCAUAUGGAGGGAGCAAGAAAAGGCUGAACAGAUUGCGCUCGAGCUUCGGGACAGGAUUAAAGAAUCAACUGGUUGUGCGGUAUCUGUAGGCAUCGGAAGCAACAUCCUACUUGCCAAGGUUGCUUUGCGGCGAGCAAAGCCUGCCGGACAAUUCCAGAUCAAGCCGGAGCAAGUUCUCGACAUCAUCGGGGAACUCGAGGUGAAGGACUUGCCUGGGGUUGCUUAUAGUCUCAGCGGAAAGCUUGAGGAAAUCGGCGUCAAGUUUGUCAAAGACAUCCGACAGGUGACCAAGGAGCGUUUGUCGUCAACACUGGGCCCCAAAACCGGAGAGAAGCUCUGGGAGUACGCCCGUGGCAUCGACCGAACCGAGGUCGGAGAGCAACCGCCCCGGAAGUCCGUCUCGGCGGAAGUGAACUGGGGCAUCCGCUUCAUCAACCAGCAAGAAGCCGAAGAGUUUAUUCUUAACCUCUGCAAGGAACUGGAACGACGCUUGCUAAGCGAGCAAGUCAAAGGAAAGCAGUUCACCAUGAAAAUCAUGCGUCGGGCCCUGGAUGCACCCCUGGAUCCCCCGAAGCACCUGGGACACGGAAAAUGCGAUUCGUUCAGCAAGAGCAUCUUGUUUGGAGUGGCGACCCAUGACGCCGAUACGAUCGCCAAGGAGGCCGUAUCAAUACUUCGGUCGUAUAGGUUCACCCCGGGUGACCUUCGAGGUCUUGGCGUCCAGUUGACAAAACUGGAGCCGAUUAAAUCUGGCGCAACCGGUGCAGAGAGCAGCCAGCGACGCCUGGUAUUCCCCAACUUUGGUGGCCCAGCUGGGGCGAAGAAGGCUGCUGUGGAGCCUAUCGACGAUUCAAAGAGCCCCCAGAAGCCAAGGGCCUCUAUCCAGAGCCGAGCAGAUGUGGCGCAGGACCCCAUCGCAGACGAUCCCUUGACACCGAGAAAACCCAAAGUGCACCCUGCUUUGGCAUUGGCACGGGCCGGUGAAAGGGAUGCAAAGGCGCAAACGCCUUUGAAUAUCAUGGGAACUCAGUUCAUCCUACCUUCACAGGUUGACCCCUCGGUUUUGGCCGAGUUGCCAAGCGAUAUCCGGGCCAAGCUGCAGAGAGGCCAGAGGUCGAAGCCAGGGGUAAGUCCGCAGGUCAAGUCACGGAGCAACAGCCCUGUCGUGCUAGACGAGGUGCCCUCGCAGGUAGACCCGGACGUCUUCAACGCCUUACCUGAUGACAUGAAAGCAGAGGUCCUGGCACAGUACGGUCGCAACAAGGUUCAACAAACCCGCCUGCCGCAGUCCCCGCGCAAGGACAGGCUUAUCCAGGCAAAGAAAGUCACCACGCCGACAAAGAGAGGCGGCAGAAGCUUGUUCAACAACGCCAAGGAGAGACAACAAGACGCGGCAGCAAACCGCUUGCAGACCAACUUUCUGUCGAACAAAGAAGCCGGGAACCCUGCCCAGGAAGAGCCGGAGGAGCUGGACCAGGAAUUCCUUGCGGAGCUUCCAGAGGACGUGCGCAAGGAAAUCAUCGAAGACCAUCGCAAGAAGCGGCUGGCGAAGCGGUCCGGGCUACUGUUCAACGCUCCCGCUCGGCGGCAGCAGGCCGGAGACUUGGGCGACUCUCUGCCUGUUGGACAAACCAAACUCCAGUUUCCGGCGCCGCCGCCCAAAGUCAAUUUCAUGGGCUCUGCCGUGAAAUCGGUCCAGGAGAUCAAGGACAUGCUCGAGGCGUGGCACGACGGGACCCGGCUCGACGGCCCGCACCAAGACGACGUCGUCGUGUUCAAGAAAUACCUCUCCAAGGUCGUCUCGGAGGAGCGGGACAUGCACAAAGCUUCGAAGCUGGUGCAUUGGCUCGGCUGGUUGGUAGAAGAGGACGGCAGCGAGGGGCGCGGCAAGCAGGGGUGGAGAAAGACCAUGACGGACAUCAAGGCGGAAGUCCAGAGAGCCGUCAAAGGCAGGGACCUGGGUCCUCUGAGACUAUAG